AACAAUCCUCCAAACACCACUUUAACCUUAACCUUACUUGUUCCACUAUGAUCACAAACCUUAAAAAACCAUCUCGUAAAACCCGAACUAAACUCCGUAAACCCAAAUUCUUAAGCCUCCGUCUUCAACUCAACAAAGUUAACAAACCUCCGAUGCCUACAACAACCACCGACCAAAACAAACAACAACUUAUCAACCUUUUUCCCCUACACCCGGAGAAUCUUGUCGAACAAUAUAAACUAGAUGAAGAACAACAUAACAACAUGGCUUGCAUAUUCUCCUCAUGUGAUGACGUGGACAAAGCUGCCACAACUCUUACCGGAAUAUUAUGCUCCGACGACGAUGACGGAGCAAAAAACACAAACAACCCCUCGCCGUCGUCGGUGAACUAUGCCGAUGAUGACGUGGAUCUUGUACGGACGGCCAUGAGAAGGAAUAAUAAGGAAAGAAAUAAUAAUAAUAUUGAGGGUGAUGAGAAAUGGGUUUGUUAUUCGGAGAUUAGAGGGAUGUCGUCAUCAUCGGGGUCGACGACGUCGUGUUAUCAUCAUCGGAGUAAGUUGGCGUUGAAGCUUGACUAUGAGAAGAUUAUGAAGACGUGGGUCAACAAGGGUCCGCUUUAUGUUCAUGGAGAUUCGGGUAUGGGUAUGGGUAUGGAUGCUCCGCAACCGCAGACUGUGCCCGAUAUUCAUGAUGAUGACUUGUUUUUCCCAUCUAAUGGCUCAAGACAUGAUCAGCAAGACAAUGGCGCAACGUGGACGGUCCCUGAAAUGGCACAUACCGAAAACAAUGGCAUAAGCAAAGGAGAUGAUGCAUUGCAAGUAGGCGAGUUGAGUACAAUGAUUCAUAAUAGAGAAGCAAGUGUACAAAGAUACAAGGAGAAAAGACGUAACCGUCUAUUUUCUAAAACCAUUCGCUAUGAAGUAAGAAAGCUCAAUGCCGAAAAGCGUCCUCGUAUAAAGGGAAGGUUUGUAAAAAGAAACUGAGUGACUUGAACAUAUGAUAUUUUUCACGAAUAAUUUAAAUACAAAACCCCAUUUAAGGAGGGUAUGUAUUUUAGACAAUGUACAUGUGUAUCUUGAGUCGCAAUAUUAAGAUUAUAAAGGUAACAUCAUUAAA